AGUAAUUAGGUACCUAUGUUUGUUGCUUGGCGGGGAGGUUCCGGUGGGGCACCAGCUAUCUGGGCUUAAGGAAGUCACAUUGAUUGGCUGAUGCGAGCCUUAGCCUUGCGCCUCCAGCCUUGUCGCUCUGGGCGGCGUGACAUCCCACUUCAGGCGGCCCACACAAAUGAGUUGAUGAGUUGAGCAAGCGAGACAUCAACCACGUAAACCAUCCUCGAAACGUCCUAGACCCUCUUAGACCCGACCGACGCAACAGAUACCCUCCGCGCAGACGGACCUCAACCGAUCAGAAGCACAAAAAGCCAUGAACCGCCUCUUCGGAUCCUCCUCAGGCGCCAAGCCACCUAAGGCGACGCUCGACUCCGCCAUCGGCAACAUCGACACGCGCAUCAGCUCGAUCGACGUCAAGCUGGCGUCGCUCAACGCGGAGCUGACGGCGUACCAGACCAAGCUGGGCAAGAUGCGCGACGGGCCGGGCAAGACGGCCAUCAAGCAGAAGGCGCUCAAGGUGCUGCAGCGGCGCAAGAUGUACGAGGCGCAGCGCGACCAGCUGCAGUCACAGGUGUGGAACAUGGAGCAGGCCCAGACCAUGCAGGACAACCUCAAGAACACAAUGGUCACGGUCGAUGCCCUCAAGCAGACCAACAAGGCCCUGCGCAAGGAGUACGGCAAGGUCGACAUCGACAGGAUCGAGCGCCUGCAGGACGACAUGGCCGACCUGCUCGACGUCGGCAACGAGAUCCAGGAGUCGCUCGCCCGCAGCUACGACGUGCCCGAGGACGUCGACGAGGCCGAGCUCGACGCCGAGCUAGAGGCCCUCGGCCACGAGGUCGACCUCGACCGCGAGCUCGGCGGCCACGAGUCGGCGCUGCCGAGCUUCAUGCAGGACGAGGUGCCCGACUUCAUCGACGAGGCGCCCGUGCAGGCUGGCAAGCUCAAGGAGGCGGCGGGGUGAGGGUAAGGGGACGGAUGCUAUUGUGGGG